AUCCACCUUUGGCGCUGAUCUACGUCCACAUCAUCAAUCCACAUUUCGGUCGCAUGAAAAAGGCCGUGGUGGUUGCUCUCAGGCUUCUCUUUGGUUCCACGGUUCCACGAAUUUCACCGUUUCACGGUUCCAAUCAUUCGCCGUUCAUUUUCUUGCAUAUCUGAAGUUUAGAUAUUUAGUAUAUCAAACGCACGAUUCCUCUUUCUAUUAAUUUGCUAAUAAUCUAUACAUAAGAAAAAUGAUGGAACCUAUAAACGUUGUAGUUACUGGUGCAGCUGGACAAAUUGCCUAUUCUCUGCUGUACCAGAUUGCAGCUGGUACAGUAUUUGGUCCACAACAACCUAUUAAUCUGCGAUUAUUAGAUAUUCCACCUAUGAUGAAGGUAUUGGAUGGUGUGGUUAUGGAAUUGGAAGAUUUAGCACUUCCUCUCUUACGAGAGAUUUUGCCAACGGCUGAACCAGCCAAGGCCUUUAGUAACGUAGCAGCUGCUUUUUUGGUUGGUGCGAUGCCAAGAAAAGAGGGAAUGGAACGUAAAGAUCUUUUAGCCGCAAAUGUUGAAAUUUUCAAGGUGCAAGGCGAAGCACUGGAUAAAUAUGCUUGUAAAGAUGUCAAGGUAUUAGUUGUAGGUAAUCCUGCUAACACUAAUGCGCUUAUCUGUUCACAUUACGCACCGUCCAUUCCGAAAGAAAAUUUUACAGCAAUGACUAGAUUGGAUCAGAACAGAGCACAGGCAGCAUUAGCCACGCGAUUAAAUGUGCAGGUUGAUAAAGUAAAAAAUGUCAUUAUCUGGGGUAAUCAUAGUUCUACACAAUAUCCUGAUGCAGCACAUGCAACUGUAGAGCUGGUAUCUAGCGUAAAAACAAUACCAUCUGAGAUGAAUGAUGAUGAGUGGUUGAAUAAUAUCUUCAUAGAAACAAUUCAAAAACGCGGCGCCGCCGUAAUAACUGCUAGAAAAAUGUCCUCCGCUAUGUCAGCUGCUAAAGCCGCUGGAGAUCAUAUGAGAGAUUGGUGGUUUGGUACUAAACCUGGAGAAUGGGUUAGCAUGGGUGUUGUAUCUGAUGGGAGCUAUGGAAUCCCGAAAGAUAUUGUAUUUUCCUUUCCUGUUACUAUCAAGAAUAAACAGUACAAGAUAGUGCAAAAUCUUCCAAUUAAUAGUUUUGCAAAAUCAAGGUUGGAUAUUACAUCUAAGGAAUUAGAGGAAGAACGCGCUGAGGCGAACAACGUACUGAAAAAGUGACUAGUAACAUCAAUGCCGAAUAACAAGAUUCAAAAAAAAAUUGUGUUAGCAAAAUUGUAAAAUAUAUAACUGCUGUUCUCACACUAAUAAACUAUACACACAUACACGUACAUAUAUACAGAGUGUCCUGCAUAAAGUACGAAAGUCUAUGGAAAGAUAGAUGGGAUCAAGGUGAACAUAAAAGUCUACCAUAGUUUUUGGAUAUCUUUAAUGAUAGCCGAGAUAUUAAUUUUUCAAAUUGUACGAAUGAGGGUGCCGAGGAAAGCGCCGAGCCGCUAUAGGAUGGCCCACUGUAUCAAGCAUUGGCUAUCGGUGCUGGAGGGGGGGGGGGAGAGGAGAAGCGCGGCGAAACACGAGCAACGACGCGCUUCUCUCGUCGCCGGCAGCCAAUGCUUGAGACAGUGGACCGUGUUACGGCUCGAGCGCGCUCUCAUUCGUACAAUUUGAAAAGUUAAUAUCUUGGCUAUCAUUGGAGUAUCCAAAAACUAUGGUAGACUUUUAUGUUCACCUUCAUCCCGUCUAUCUUUUCAUGAAGACUUUCAUACCUUAUGCAGGAUACUCUGUAUGUGUGUGUGCAGGCGUGCAUGUAUGCGUGCGUGUGUGUGUGUAAACAUACGUGUAUAUAUACAGAUGCAGAUACGAAUGCAUACAUAAGUAAUAGUGGCUGUGUUCAAUGGAGAAAAUCGCUCACUGAGCACUUUAUGCUGCGCUCUCAACAGUUCGCGGUUUCUGCUGGAUGCACUUUUAUCUUAACGAUGCCAUCAUUAAGAUGGCACCGACCAUAAUGCACAGGGUUGGUUACUACCAAACCCUGGUAAUGCACAUUUAUAACUUCUAAACAGUGCUCUUGCAACAUGGUUCAAAAAGAGCGUACUUUUAGUACAAUGGAAAAAAUGGCGACCGCUCAGCAAACAUGUAAGAGCAUAAACCGCUACGUAGCGUUCAGCAGAAAAUCUUACAACAGUUCCACCGCUACAUUCUUCGCUGAAUGCAACCAGUGAUGCUCAUGCAUCAUUGUACAUAUACAUAUAUAUUUCAUACAUGUAUACAAGGUGUUCCAAAAAUAAUAUAAAAAUCACGCAUAGUGAUUAUGCAUUUAGCGUAAAAACUAACAUUAAUUAAACAUAAUGCAGUAGUACAUGUCUUGUUGGCUUUUUUAAUCGAAUUUUGGAACACUGUCAUUCAAUGUAAAUAUACAAAAUUAAAUUAGAUGAAACUUUAAUUAAGACUACUGGCUGCUCAGCUGAGAACUUACGUUAACAGUAGCGACGCAAUUAUAAAUGGAAUAAAAACUGUAAGACAAGAAAGUGACAUUGACAAUUUAUUCUUACCGUUUCGUUAUUAUUCGUCAAAGCGAAGCACAAAUAUUAAUGCUGUAACGUGCAAUGUAUUUGUAAGACUCCUAAAAUUGAUCUAAAACUAAAAUUAGUGAAUAAAACAGUAUGUAAAAGGUAUAAUUUUCCGCUCUUUCCACAGCUAUCAAACUGCAUAUUUCGUUACAUAACUAAGAUUCGUUUGUCACGGUUGCUUAAAUACUAAAGUGAUUUGAAGUAUCAUUUUAUUGAAAUAUCUUUUUAUUUAAAAAUGGCACGUAAAAAUUCUCGCAUGAUAUUUCUUCUGACGUCACGAAUUCAAUAUGGCUGUGGUAAGUAUCUAGAAGCCUUAAAAAGUAUAAAAAUAAAAGCGUUAAUACAUAAUUAUUAAUAAUUGAAUAAAAUGUUAAUGUUACGUAUCUUGUUAUAAAUAGAUAACAUGCGCAAAUUAUAUUCAUGUAGGCAAGAUGCAUGGGGGUGUGACACGCACGCACGCAUGCGCGCACACACGUAUAGACUAUACUUAUAAUAAAGGUAUAUAAUCGGGAAAUAUAUUAUACUUUAUAGCACUUUUGCUUUUAUUCGUCUCCUUCAUGAGAAUAAUUUAUGUUACAGUAAUGAUAAUUUUUUAUGUUAAUAUAUUAUUCAAUCUUUUGUUGCAUUUAUAUUAUCUUUAAACUAUAUUUUCUAAAAGCUAUUAUUUUACAGCUAUAUAUAUCUCGAAUUUUUUUCUAUUAUCGCGGAUGUGAGUAUUAAGUAGCGUAUUAUACAAGGACAUAGUGCUAUUUAUCUGAUUCUGGUAACGCUCGCAACGUAAUAUUGCAACUUGUUUCUUUUGUUUUACAUUUAAAGAGAUAUUCUUACGUUUCGAGUAUUUAAAAGUUAGACAAUACACAAAUAUACAAUUAAGAAGCAGAUAUUUGUAACGAUCUAGGUACUAUAUGAAACAUUUUCCAUAUCAUUAGCGAAAAAUUAUAAUUUUGUCAAUAUUUACGUAAAUUUCGAUUUACAUCAUUUUCUUUGUAUAAACAUUUCAUAACAUAGUAAUCUGUUUACAUAACGUGUGCAUAACUGUCUUUUGAUAAAUAAUCUUGUAAUAAAGAAAAUAUAAAUUUUUUCCAAACUAGUAAACAAAUGCGCAAGCUAUUAAACAAAUUUCAGGCUUUUUUCUCACGAAAAUAGCAUAUAAAUUUAAAACAGUUCUAGGCGAUAGUUUUAAAAACGUCCAAUCUCCAACUUAGUUUAAAUUUAAAAAAUAGGUUUCUUUUAGAGAAAAAACACGCGAGAAGGACUUUCGGCGACUUAAAAUUUUUUUUUUAUCGAUAAGUAGGACAUUAUAAUUUUUAAGUCUUUAAUAUUGAUAUAGGAAGAAUUAAAUUGCACAGUCACUAUUUUCUAUCUUAAUUUCCAGAAUAUACAUACUUUAUAUCACUUAAUAACACAUGAAAUGGAUCUCUUCCCAUUCAUUGUACUCUAUACCGCUACAAAUAUUAAUACAUAUGAUUGAGAAGUACACUUAACCGACACUUCUUCGCUGUGGUCACACACACGGGGAGGGUUGCAAGGGGGAUUUCCGACCCCCACUCGCUCCUACCCCGCCGGUAAGGGUGUCUGGACAGAAGUGUACAAAAGUACAGUGCGUACUUUGUCGACGAUAAAUUAUGAUUUGACUAACAUAGUUAUUUCUCAAUGUACUUUUGGUUAAAAGAGAUAAUCCUAUUUCCCCUUCCCCUACAUUUCCGCAUUAAUAUUUAUAACCCAUUUCCGUGGCACGGAACAACGUAGAAACAAAUUUUCCUACUUGUCGACAUGAAAAAAUUUUUUGAGUCGCCAAGUCUUUCGUGCAUGUUUUUUUUCUCUAAAAAAAAACCUAUUUUCAAAAUUUGAACUAAAUCGGAGAUUGGUAGUUUUCGGAACUACAGCCCAGUUCUGUCAAGAUAUUUGAUGAAAAAAUAGUUUUUAAAUUUAAUUAAUUUUAUAUUUUAUGCAAUUAAAUAUUUCCAAACAUGUUAUUUCUAGAUGUUUUCGAAAUGUUGCAAUAAUUACAUAUAUGCACACAUAUAUACGUACGCACGCACGCGCGUGUAUAUGUGUGUGUGUUACGUAUUCGAACAAUUAUGUUCGACUUGCAUACACAAUGUAUAAAAAAAUAAUACGUCUGCCAUAAA